AUGUCGACGCUGAUUCGGGACGUACUCGACCGAGACGAAGCGGGCCGAUACCAUUCGUUUCUGACGGUCUGCGAGGCCGGACAUGUAUCGGAGAUCAGGGAGGUGGUCGAGACGGCAGGCGGGCUGGCUUCGCUCUCCCUGCAGGACGACGACGGAUGGACGGCUCUCCACUACGCCGCCAGCUCAGGAAACGCGGAUGGGGUGAAGUACUUGCUCGAGAAGGGCGCGCUGUGGGCCAUGACUGACAAUCUCGGCUACAAUGCAGGCGAUGUAGCCUACUCGAUGAACCAUGGCGAGAUAUACCAGAUCAUUAGCAGCCAUGGAUUCCGCGCGGAAGUGCUGAGACUGGCGAUCGAAGCGAAGGAAGACGGAGGAGAGGGCACGCGCGCCCCACAGACAUCGGCCAGCAGCAGCAACGACAACGCGAGCUUCUUGGCGUCCAAGCUGACCUUCAAGACCAGCAGUUCCGGCCAACGACUGUGUGUAGAUUCCGAGGGGAACGGGGUGAUGCAAGGCUGGGAGACGGAGCUCAUGCGGGCGACGGCCAGAGGGCUCUGCGGGCCGUUCGGGGAGACGAGCGCGCCGGGCUUCGAGCUGAGCGUGCUCAACGUCGGCUUCGGGCUCGGGAUCAUCGACGGCUUCCUCCAGGAGUACCGGCCCACCCGCCACCUCAUCGUCGAGCCUCAUCCCGACGUCCUCCAGUUCAUCUCCGACCAGGGCUGGCUCGAGAAGAAGGGCGUCACUGUCUAUCCUCGCCGCUGGCAGGACUUCCUUCUCGACGUCCAAAACGGAACCAUCCAGGCAAACUUCGACGCCAUCUAUUGGGACACUUUCUCCGAAGACUAUCGCUCCUUGAAAAGCUUCUUCGACAACGUCUUCGAUCUCCUAUCUGGGCCUCAUGCCCGCUUCUCCUGGUUCCAUGGUCUCGGAGCCACUUCGCGUACACUGUAUGACAUAUACACCGAGAUGGCGGAGAUGGAUAUCAGAGAAACGGGGCUGCGAGUCAGUUGGUCGGAAGUUCCGGUCGAUGGGGGCGAGGCCGUAUGGGAGGGCAUCACGCGACGAUACUGGGACAUCCCCUCGGCCUAUCGACUUCCGAUAUGCACCUACGACAUUUGA